GGAAACACCCGGUGGUGGGCUCGAGAGGUCGUCAGGAUCUGCAGGUCGUCAGGUUUGUGUGUUUCCGGCAGCAGGAUGGCGGGCGUGAACGGGGACCGCAAGGGGAAAAAAGAUGACAACGGGAUCGGGACUGCUAUCGACUUCAUGCUUUCCAAUGCCAAACUUGUCCUGGGGGUGGGCGGGGCAGCCAUGCUUGGCAUCGCGACCCUCGCUGUCAAAAGAAUGUAUGACCGGACCAUAAGUGCCCCCACCAGCCCCACCAAGAUGCAGCAGAUGGGGAAGAGAAGCUGGGAAGAGCCCGCGUGGGUGGGCUCAUCUCCACGAGUUCUCAACCACGACAUGAAGUCCACGGUUAGCCGCUCCCUGCAGUCUCUGCCCACGACCUCUUGCUCUUUUGAACCAGACUGCCUGCGCAGGGCCGUAGGUCGCUCCGCGGUGGGAGGAAGCGGCGCCACCCAGUCCAGCCUGAUGCAGGCCCGCAUGCGCCUCUCCCUGCAGGAGCGUCUGUGGGACUUCUACCAGACCAGGGUCAACAUCCCUGCCGAGGAGCAGGCCACGGCCAGGAGGGCGGCGCUGGACAUCUGCGCCGAGCUCCGGGUCUUCCUUCACGCCAAGCUGCCGGACAUGCCGCUCAGAGAAAUGUACCUCAGCGGCAGUCUCUAUGACGACCUGCAGGUGGUGACGGCCGACCACGCCCAGCUGAUGGUGCCUCUUGUGUUGGAGAAGAACCUGUGGUCGUCCAUCCCCGGGGAGGACACCAUCAUGAACAUCCCGGGGUUCUGGCUCGUCCGCAGGGAGAACCUGGAGUAUUUCCCUCGCAGCAGCAGCUACUGGGACCGCUGCAUGGUCGGCGGCUACCUCUCCCCCAAAUCGGUCCUGGAAGUCUUCGACAAGCUCGUCGCCGGCUCCAUCAACUGGCCCGCCAUCGGCAGCGUCCUCGACUACAUCAUCCGCCCCGUGGUUCCCUCGGAGACGCUCACCCUGGAGGUCCAGUACGAGACGGACCGCAGGCUGUACGUGGACUUCCUGCCUCUGCUGGUGAUGGAGGACGGAACGUCGCUCAUCGCCAAGCCACACCGGCUCGCCGCCGAGCGCCACGAGAACCUGUGGCGGCAGAGCUUCCGCGUGGCGGAGACGGCGCGCCUCCGGGCGCUGGACCAGGAGGACGGCGGCUGCCGGUACGCCUGCCUCAAGGCAGCGAAGGCGGCGUGCAAGCUGAACCCUGCCCUCCACCACCUCAACUCCAGCCAGCUCACAAACGCCAUCCUGCUGCUGAGUGAGAAGGAAGGCGACUGGACGCGGGAGGCGCUGGCCGACCGCUUCCUGCACCUGCUGCGAGCGCUGGUGGGACACCUAGAGGCCGGGAGGUUGCCGUGCGCCCUCAACCCCAAAGUUAACUUGUUCUGCGAGCUGACGGAACAGGAAGUGGACGAGUUGGGGUACACGCUCUACUGCGCUCUGUCAGAUCCAGAGCAGCUGCUGAGAACUGCUACGGAGCCGUAAAACGAUUCCACCAAGCAACCAAUUAGAUGCCAACCUCAGUUUUGUUUUGUUUUUAUUUAUGGGGGUCAAAUAUUCUUCAGUCGUGAUGAAGCUCCAGAAGAAAAGAACCUGCAUGGGAAAAAAUCACCUCUUUUUGUUCUAGUUACCUCUAAAAAAAACAUCAGUGAGUCACCAAGACACAGUGUUAAGUCUCCUCAAAGCCAUUGUAUUAAUGAAGUUUAGCCUGUUGUGUUAAACUCAGACCGCCUCUGAGGUCUUUACCUUCCUGUCGUUUAGAAAGAGGAACGCACAAAUUCAGCUUUAUUUGGACUCCUUGCACCUCCAUUUGCAGUUACUAUGGCUAUUGUUAUCAAUCUGUUUUUAAUCUCGUUUCAAAGGACUGAAUGUAAUGUUAAGUGUUUGUAUGGCAAGCCAAUGUGUAAUAAAAUCCUGAUCAGCCUCAACGACGCGGCGUUCUUAAAAAUAAAAAGAUGUAAGAAUCAAAUUUCAGCAUAUCUAAAUUUCAUUAAUUCAGUGGCUGAUUCACAUAUUUCACACUACAGUACCUUGCAAAAGUAUUCACACCACUUGAAUUUUUAUUUCACGUUUUGUCAGCUUACAACCAUAAACUUAAAUCUGUUUAAGUAAAAUUUGUUAUACACCCAAACGAGGUGGCUCAUGAUCUGAAAAGUGUGGCUUGCAUUUGUUUUCAGCCCCACUUACUCUAAAAUCUUCAAAUAAAAUCCAGUGCAUGAGUAAAAUAGACUCAGACCUGUUUAUAAUUUAAUCUACUAAAAGAAGAUGAAUUAUUUUUUUAGUGGCAUCAAAACAAAGAUGGCUGACCUCGUUUAUGCCAAACCGCUUCAACUGCUGGCUAAAACAUUUGUUCUCCCUCAUGUGUUCACUUGUGACAAAAUGUGGAAAAAGGUUCAAUUGUUGUGACUUUUGUGCAAAAAUGAUGUUUUGAACGUCGCGGUUCCAGCGCAAUGUAGAGGGUGGUAAAAGUUUAGUUGAGAUUCUAAGAGGAGGUCAAACGGGACGAGCAGGAAAUACCCGAUUUGUUGCCGGUGAGGAUACAAUAGAAAGCUGCUCUUUGUUUGUUGGAGUAAAAAGGAAUUGUAUUCUCUAAUUGCUUGGAUGUGGACACAAAUUAUCAGAAAAUAUUUUAAUGAUGUCUGGUUCAUUCAGAUGUAGACCCUGCGUUACCCAGAUGGAGCCUAAAUCUAUGUAGCAAAUAUAAGAGAACCCAUAAAAAACGACCAGACAGGCUGCAGCAGGUUCUCCAGUUUCAGUUUGAGCACUUUGUUCAUUCUGAUGCCUGUAGGUGUGUGUGUAAAUGCAGAUUAACGUAAAGGAUCCAGGCAGUGUUGUGUUGAGCAGCCAGACAUUAGAUUGGAUUACGGUGCAGGUCUGUGUCGCUAAGGCUAAAAGGACCAGGAGGGAUCCAUUAUUAACCUGUAGUCUGUAAGCUGCUUCUGCCUGUCUGAUCUUUGUGUUGAACAAUAGUUUCCAGGUGCUAAUCUUAGGUCACGAUCAGGAUCUUAACACAGGCCUGCAGGUACAGCGUCUCGCUAAAGUACUCAUGCUUCUUGAACUCUACGGUUUGUUGAUUUAACGCUGCAGGAUCUGAAGUGGAGCCGAACAAAUGUGGCUGUCAAGUUUGUUUGUUUUUGCAGGGUUCUGGCAAAUCUUCCCUUUCCAAAAUUUUCAAAAUGUUUCCAUUUUCAACAUUUGAGCACAGACAUUUGAACUUGGUUGGCGUUUGUUUGUUUUUUGCUACGAUUUUGCGUCUUGACAAACAGAGACGGACCUUUCGAAUUCUCAUAGUCAUGAGUCACAGCUUGUGAUCUUUUACGACUUUAUUUGGUGAGAAUAAAAGAAGUUGGUGUCAGAACUAUCUCUAGCAUCUUAAUUGGACCAAUUUGAGACACUUUUGUGUCAUAAGUUUUAAGAAGGUCCAAAAGUUCAAAAAGUUGAGUUGAAUUAUUUUCAGUGAGUUCUGUUUUUAUGUUGCAAAUGAAAGCCAAAAGUCCAUUUUAACCCCAUUUUCUCAGAAAAGUUUCUGUUUUUUAAUGGAUUAAUAAACUUACCUUUCAAUGCCCUAUUAUGCUUUAUGCCAUACUUCUAACGACUGCAUUAGAACCCUGAUGCACAAGUUGGAGAAAAGUUACAUAUUUGUUUUCUACCAUAGUAGGAAAAUGUUAAUGCAGCUGUCAGCUUUGGGAAUUUGUGUCAAUUGUCUUUGCAAAACAUCUUAAGCUCACUCAGAAUGGAUGGAGGGCAUCUGGGUAACAUUCAGGUUUGACACAGAUAAUCUUAUUUCGGUCUGGACUUUGACUAGGCCAUUGAUGCUCAUGAACACCCUUUGAGCUACAGCAUUCCACUGUCGCUCUGGCAGCUGGAAGGUGAACCUCCAACCUGAUCUCAGGUCAGUGCAGCUGCUAACUGGUUCUCUUCCAGAAUUGACCUGCAUUGAACUCCUCUGUCCCCACAGCAUGCUGCUGCCACCGAUAAGAGAUGGGGUUGGCGUGCAGCGCAGUAUUAGUUUUGCUUUACUCAUAGGAAAAUGUUGGAGUAUUAAUACUUUUGCAAGGCAGCUUUCCUUUUGUUUUUUUUUAGCCAAAGAUUGUGCUCAGUUGCUCAGAAAUCAGUGUUUAGCUCUCGGGUAAAUCCAGAAUAUAUAAGUUUAUUCCAAAUUAAAGUGUGGACGAGUAGGAACAGCUGCCAGACUAAAGUAGAGAGUUAGUCACAUCUAGAGUCGUUUUGUUUUCACUUAGGAUAAAGUGGAAACAUCCCCACACAUGUAAUCUUGUUCAUAUCGUGUACAUUGAUCGAUUUAUUUAAUCAUGACAAAAGAAACCAAGUGAAUAUUUUUGUAUUUAUUAAACAUUUGUAACCAAAAAAAAAAAAAAAGAGCUGAAUAUUUAUUUUCACUGAUGCAGAACAACAUAGAAAGAAAGGUACAUAUCUGUGCAUCAUUAAGUGCUUUGGUCAGAGUGUAGAGUUUUCUGUGCAUAUGAUGAGUCUUCCUUUGCAUAUUAAUUUAUGCUGUACAUUACUACUGUGCUAAAGUCAGGCGUCACCGGGCCACGUCCGAAAAUAAAACCCAAAACUGGUCGCUUCUUCUGAGUGGAGGGAAGCCAUAUGCUGUGAUGCAUGUAACCCCGAAACCCAUGAGUUAUUUUUAAACAUUGCAGCACUUUGCAUACUUCAAUAAAUGUUGAGAUGAUCGUA